CCUUCAUCUGCGGGCUACAUAUAUUUCAAGAUUUACAGGUCUACUUCUUGCUUCUUGUCCUCCGAAUAUCUCCUACGUCAGUCCGAAUCCAGUCUUAGGCUGACUCUCUAAAUGUCCGGAUGUCGCCGGUCAUCUUUGUUUCAUUCAGAACGAUCUUGGUUCAGUCGUCCUGCACUGUUUUGUUCUUUGAUCCACUCUUGGUCUGUCAAUCAAAUGUGAAACUAGUUCUCCCUGACUGUCUCGUUACUUUGACCGGUGGUAUCACAAAAAAGUAUAAAAGGCCUCAGUUCAGGGUGGGUCCAUUCCCCCUUCUUGACUCAAUUCAGACCCCCUGCACUGACAUGGCCCGCGCAGCCUUUCGGACACCUCAAUCACGCCCGAGCACUCCCACUCCCAACUAUGCCAACCAUCGAAAUGCCUUCAAUUAUGGACAGGAAUUUAAUUCCGUCUCAACAGGAAUCGAACACCUUCUUGGAACCCCCAUCUAUGAGCAUAAACUUGUGAACGCUAACUCAUCUCGUCCACUAUAUGAAAGGCGGGUGAUCGAGCUGCGGCAGGACAUGCUUGGCCUUCUAGAAACACAGACCCAGAAAUUCUUAGCUAACAUUGCCGAUCUCACUCAAAUGGUGCUUAAAAAAAUUAACCAUUAUCGCAUUGAUGGACCAGCGACUCCCUUUGUGAUAAUGCCUUUCGCGGAUGGGUCGAUACCGAAUAAACUUCCUCAUCUGCUUCCCCCUCUGACUAACCGACACAUUAUAAAUCAUCUCACUCCGGAACAGCUCGUUCGCUAUUGCGUUGGUUAUGGGAUAGCCCACGACCCCAGAAACGUAGACCUCAUGCUCGUCGACUUGAAGGCGUAUAUAGGCUGCAAGGCUUGAAGCUGAACGUCAGUGAAAGGAGUAUCUGAGGGAGGGCUUACAUAUUGCUGUGACGCACGGUCUAUUAUUAUUCGGCUUGCAUAUCAUCUGUGGACAGAUAGUAGAAAUGAGUGUGACUCCUU